GGUGAAUGGUCAAGCCAAAAAGGACUAAAGAAUAGACAAUCUCCCCCCACCCCUCAAAAAAGAUUUAUAAUCCAUCCAGUGCUCUCUUCUGUCACACGCAAUUUCAAUUUUUAUGCUUAGUGUGUGCAACUGUGUGUUUCUUAUUUAAAACAGAACAGAAGAACAGAACAGAUUCUUCUUUUCUAACAAUCUCUUAUUAUUAUUUCCCAAAAGGGAAAAAAGUAGAUAGAGACAGGAGUAAAAUGGAGAGAGAUGGUGGUGGUGGUGAUAAGGUAGCAUCAAAGUUCAAAAGGAUUUGUGUUUUUUGUGGGAGUAGUCAAGGCAAGAAGACCAGUUAUCAAGAUGCUGCUAUUGAGCUUGGAAAAGAAUUGGUUUCAAGAAACAUUGAUCUGGUGUAUGGAGGAGGUAGCAUUGGACUAAUGGGAUUGAUCUCACAAGCUGUUCAUGAGGGUGGUCGCCAUGUUAUUGGGGUUAUUCCCAAGACCCUCAUGCCUAGAGAGUUGACUGGUGAGACUGUAGGAGAGGUGAAAGCAGUGGCAGAUAUGCACCAAAGGAAAGCAGAAAUGGCAAAGCAUUCUGAUGCUUUUAUUGCUUUACCAGGUGGAUAUGGCACUCUUGAAGAGCUACUUGAAGUGAUCACAUGGGCGCAACUUGGCAUUCAUGAUAAACCGGUUGGUUUGUUGAAUGUGGAUGGAUACUAUAACUCGUUACUGACGUUCAUUGAUAAAGCAGUCGAGGAAGGGUUCAUAAGCCCAAGUGCUCGUCAUAUCAUCGUGUUGGCACCAACCGCUAAGGUUUUGGUUAGAAAACUUGAGGAGUAUGUGCCUUGCCAUGAAAGAGUGGCUUCAAAGUUGAGCUGGGAGAUGGAGCAACAACUUGGGUACAAUGAGUAUGAUAUUUCUAGGUGAGGUGAUGGGUCAAAAUCAAAUCAUAUGGGUUGGGUCUUUUUCUUUUUUCUUUUGGAUGACGGAAUUUGUGGUUACUAACUUUGAAAGGGGUUUUGCUUUGAUUAGAAUCUUGGUGUGAAGGGGAUUAAUCUUCUUCUUUUUUGUAAAUUAUUGACUCAGAAAUGAUGUGGGAAACUCUCACUAAUUUCUUCUCCUUUCCCAUGCAACUUCAGUUCCUUUUGUAAUAUAAAAGUAUUAGAUGCAAGGGGAUCAAUGUUAUGAAA